UCUACGCGCGGCUCAGAGCCCUAUUGUUCUGACGGGCCAUCUCGCCACUUUGAGGAUUUGUCCUUACAGCUAAAGUAUCUGCCAAUGCACCCUCCUCACAUCCGACGCCUCAGCCUUGAGCGGCGCAUCACUAUCAGUUCAGCCUCAUUCGGAAAGACUUCUCCGAUUCCUGUGGCAGGCAGACGAGACCGCAAGCUGUUUAGUGUACCUCCGUUCAUACGCGACUCGUGAAUUCCCGGAUUUUUCUACCAUGGCUCAUGACCACGUCUACCGAGAUGUUUGUGGACUGCAUCUGAGCUACAUAUUCCAGGAACCAGUCAUAAAAGAAGCACUCGCAUACAAGCCCAAGCCUGGUGACGUUUUUAUCGUGUCAUUUCCAAAGUCCGGGAGUACAUGGAUGCAGCAAAUUGUCUAUGCGAUUUACCACGACGGCUCCAAACCAGAGAAUCUUCGAGACUUCAUGGAGAAGUCGCCCUUCCUAGAGGCUCAAGGACUCAAAGCCGUCGAGAACAUGCCACGGCCUGGUGCAAUCAAGACUCAUCUGCCGUUUCAUCGCGUACCUUACUCUCCGCAAGCGAAGUACAUAUUCGUGGCACGAAACCCAUAUGACUGUUGCGUUUCCUUCUACCACCACACCAGAGCGUUUCCAGCGUACCGCUUUGCCGAUGGAUCAUUCGACGAGUUUUUGAGUCUAUUUCUACAAGGGAGAGUAGACUACGGCGACUACUUUGACCAGUUACUGUCGUGGUACAAUCAUGUACACGACGAGAACGUCCUCUUCAUAACCUACGAGAAACUUAAAAUGGACCCUAGCACUGGAGUUAUGAAGAUCGCCGACUUCCUGGGAGACAAGUACGGCAACAAACUCCGCAAGCAGCCGGAGGUGUUAGAAAGGAUCUUGGACACGAUAAGUGUAAAAACCAUGAUGGGUUUGAAUGGUCAGUUUAGAAGGUGGACUGAAGAGGUGGCCGAGAUGACCGCCCUUGGGGGCAAGUGCAAGCCUCUCAACGAUGAGGCGGCUGAUGAUUUAAUGAAACCGAUGACCGGAGACUUUGUGCGGAAGGCCAUCGUUGGCGACUGGAAAAAUCACUUCAGUGCAGAUCAGAUAGAGCGAAUGAAGGAAAGAAUAGCUUUGAAAAUACAGGAAAGCACCGUUAUGAGCCUCUGGGAGGACGUCGAACUUCCGUGAAACUGAAAGUGUAUCAAAUUCACCAGCCAUUUCUUCUUUUAUUAUGCUGGUUCCAAACUAUCCUAGGUCAGACUGGCGUUUCGGAGAGCCACGCACCUUCGGAAAAAUAUUUAUGUACUGACUCUGACAUCACUGCUACAUAUUUGCAAUAAUAAAGCGUAAGUUUUUCUUGAGUAUUUUGGUGAGACAACUGUACGUUAAUGAAUGCACUAGCUGCUACAUAUUUGCAAUAAUAAAGCGUAAGUUUUUCUUGAGUAUUUUGGUGAGACAACUGUACGUUAAUGAAUGCACUAGAAUAGUAAUCAUUUAUGUUACAUCAAUAUAAAAUGCCUUCAAAAUGCCAUAUCUGAGUACCUGAUAGUGUUUGAGAAACAAAGAUUGAUUUCACAAUAUAAUGGUCUGUAAGAUACCCGAUUCCUUGCUGAUUUCCAUGUUUUCCUUUCUUUUUUCUCUGGCGAAUUCCAUAGACUCGUGUAUCAAUAUCAAUAAAAUGUCUUAAACCAGUGAUAUAUUUUCGGCAAUAAUAAUCAAUAAAUGAUUCGUAAACAUCGUC